CCUUCCAAAGAGAUGUCGAUUCCAUUCUCCAAUACGCACUACCGAAUUCCACAAGGAUUUGGGAAUCUUCUCGAAGGGCUGACACGGGAGAUUCUGAGGGAGCAGCCGGACAAUAUUCCAGCUUUUGCAGCAGCAUAUUUUGAAAACCUACUAGAAAAAAGAGAGAAAACCAAUUUUGAUCCAGCAGAAUGGGGGGCUAAGGUAGAUGACCGCUUCUACAACAACCAUGCUUUCAAGGUACAACCUGGUGCUACUGAACCGAAGGAGGCACCACCUGAAAAAAGUGCACCUGAAAAAGAACCAUCGCAGGAAACAGUGAAAGAGCAGGAAACACAGGUAUCAUUUGUGGAGGAAGCUAAUGCUGAUGAAGAAGAGGUUGCUGCUGCUGCCGUUAAAAUCCAGGCAGCAUUUCGGGGACAUAAGGCAAGAAAGGAAAUGAAGAAAAUGAAAGAAAGUAGUAGCAAUGAAGAGCAGGGAAUGGAGUGACUGUUUUUAUCAUAGGUAGCCGGGGGAAAAAAUUGCCCGGGUCCAUCAACCCUAUGUGAGGUUAUCAUUUUUUUUUCCUUUAGUAAGGGAAAUUUGAUGUAGCAGAAUGACAUUUGUUGCUGUUGUGAGAAUCUGUCAUGAGUUUAAUAAACAUGCCACUUUAAACAUGCCAA